CUUCCCGCGGCUCGCGCGCUAGAGCCCCGCGGGCACCUCAGGGCGGGCACCCACGGUGGACACUCCACGGCCUGGCCCUCGAUCUCCGCUCUCGGCCCCGGAUCCGCCGCCCGGGCGCUGCAGCCUGCGGGCCGCGCUCCGCAUCGCGCUGCGGCCGCCGGCCGGGCCUCCGCACCCUUCCCCCGCUCUCCGGCCUCCCAUUCAUUGCAUCCGCUUCCCCUUCCCGGCUCCAGCCUCCCCGGGCUUCCCCCGCACAUCCAUGGAAGUUUAGGGCCUGGACUGCGGCCGGGAGAGCGCACUCGCGCCGCUGCCGCCCGGAGGGAAGAUGUCCGUGCUCGCGCGGUUGAUGCGCGUCUCCAAUCGCUCGCUCCUCGCCUUCAUCUUCUUCUUCUCCCUGUCCACGUCCUGUCUCUACUUCAUCUACGUGGCUCCCGGCAUCGCCAACACGUAUCUCUUUAUGGUACAAGCUCGAGGUAUCAUGCUGAGAGAAAAUGUGAAAACAAUUGGACACAUGAUCAGGCUGUAUACAAAUAAAAACACCACCUUCAAUGGGACAGAUUAUCCUGAAGGCAACAAUUCCAGUGACUAUCUUGUCCAAACUACAACAUAUCUUCCAGAAAACUUCACGUAUUCACCACACCUCCCCUGCCCAGAGAAACUACCUUAUAUGCGAGGAUUCCUAAGUGUCAACGUGAGUGAAGUCAGUUUUGCUGAAGUUCAUCGGCUCUUCUCCAAGGACUUAGAGAUUGAGCCAGGAGGCCACUGGAGGCCCAAAGAUUGUAAACCCAGAUGGAAGGUGGCAGUCCUCAUCCCUUUCCGAAAUCGCCACGAACAUCUUCCAAUUUUCUUCCUGCACCUGAUCCCCAUGCUCAAGAAACAGCGGCUAGAAUUUGCUUUUUAUGUCAUUGAGCAGACUGGCACACAACCGUUUAAUCGUGCGAUGCUCUUCAAUGUGGGCUUCAAAGAGGCCAUGAAAGACAGUGUCUGGGACUGCGUGAUCUUCCAUGAUGUGGAUCAUCUGCCUGAAAAUGACCGGAACUAUUAUGGAUGUGGAGAGAUGCCUCGUCACUUCGCAGCGAAGCUAGACAAGUACAUGUACAUUCUUCCAUAUAAGGAGUUCUUCGGUGGGGUGAGUGGACUGACUGUGGAACAGUUUCGGAAGAUCAACGGCUUUCCCAAUGCCUUCUGGGGCUGGGGAGGGGAAGAUGAUGACCUCUGGAACAGAGUUCACUAUGCUGGCUAUAAUGUAACCAGGCCAGAGGGUGACUUGGGAAAGUACACAUCUAUUCCUCAUCACCACCGGGGGGAAGUUCAGUUUUUAGGACGGUAUAAAUUACUAAGGUAUUCCAAGGAGCGUCAGUACAUUGAUGGGUUGAACAAUUUAUUAUACACACCAAAAAUACUGGUUGAUAGGUUGUAUACAAACAUAUCUGUAAACCUCAUGCCAGAGCUAGCUCCGAUCGAAGACUAUUAGGUGGACAGGUGCUGGAUUGUGGACAUGGACUACCCUCUUCUGGAGACCAGCGAAGAUGGUGUUCAUCAGAGAACAUCACCAGCGAGUGAUGUUCUCAGUGGCCUGAUCUGUGAGGAGAGCCAGCAGCCCACAGUAUUCCUAGUGUGAAACUCCGAAGGUCACCUCUCCUGCUCUCUCUACUUGGGGGUGACCUCCACCUCAAGCAGUAUAGAAACGAGAGACCAUUGCUUGAUACUGGCAGUUGAGAGAGCUCCCCACAAAGAGAAGAUUUUUAUACUCAAAUCUAUAAUUUAAUUCAAGAGAAUGCUUUUAUUUCCGUUCAAACAUAUUUUGUACAUAUGUGAUAUAAAUUAAUGUGUUUAAAUUGUGGAAAAAUAAGAAGUGUGGCAGUUUUGCAUGUAAUUGGUUAUGCCUUCAUUGGACUUUUAUAGACAUUUUUUUAUUUGCAUGGGGGAUAAAAAACCACUGUAAAUUUUAUGUCACCAGACAAAGGAUAACCCUUGUGUGAAAGGAAGGGACUGUCAAUAAUUGACAGAUCCAAUGCAGAACUGUUAUACUAGGGCUGGGCCUCAGACCUUCAGCCUCACGCAGGAAAGGCACAGCAUUCCGAGGACUUUAAAGGGAACGAGCAAAGGACCCCCCGCUCUGCCUGCCACGACUACCUGUUGCUUCCCUUGCGUGCAGUCUCAUCAGAUGUUGCCGAGUCCCAGCCAUAUUGUUUAUGCAUACUGCAUGGGUAUUACCAAGAAAAUCUUCCAGGUGUGACGUGACAUGCUACCCGACCUCGUGUGUGCUGUCUCAUGUACCUCUGGCAUCAGGGAU